UUUGAAAUUGAGAGAAAUUGGGAGAAUAAAGAGAUGAUUAAUUGUUGUAAUCUUAUGAGUUUCAUUAGUUGUGAAAAGUGAUUACAUCAUGCCUUAUAUAAAAAGCUUAUUCACAUUGCUUGCUUAGUAAGCUAUCUAAACAAACAUAACAAAUAUAGCUAGAUUACCUAACUAACUUGUAACAAACUUCUAUACCCCAACAGGGUCUAUAUAGUCUAAACUUGAAUUAAAACUAACAGUUUCUACCUUCUUACAUUGUGUACCUCAUAGUUAUGCUUUUGUCUAAAUCACCAUCUUAUUUUUUCUUAAUUUUGUAUUUGUCUGCUGCAUAUGUUAAGUAUUACAUUUCAUGUACUUACCUUCCUAUUCCUAUCAUUAUGUGUUUGGAGGCCAUUGAGUCAGGUCACUUGCCUGGGGAUAUUCUGGAUGAUAUACCAGUCAAGUAUGUUGAUGGAGCACUUAUAUGCGAGGUUCGUGAUUAUCGAAGAUGUUCUCCUGCUGUGAGUAAAUCAAGCCUCAAGAUGUCAUUGGAAAAUAUUGUGAAGGACAUCCCAUCUCAUACUGACAAGUCUUGGAAAUAUGGUGAUGUAAUGGAAGUUGAAUCAAAGAUUGUGAAAGAAUUACAUCCAAACCUUCAUCUAGAUCCUACUCCGAAGUUGGAUCAACUAUGUCAAAGUCCACUUCAAAAAAAGCCCAAUUUGCAGAUAAAGCGACCGAGGAAUGCUGUCACUUCUAGUAAUAAAAUAGAUGGGGAAAAAGUCCGUAUAGAUAGAGUGCUAGAGAAUUCAAAAAGCAGGCUGGGUGAUUCAAGAAUCACUACAUCAAAUGCUAUUGUGAAACAGACUCUUGAAAAUCCAGCAAUGCAGAAUCUUAAUCCAAGCAUUGCCAUGAGAUCAAAGAAUAUUGUACUAGAUUCUUCCAUCCCAGGCUUUUCUAUGAUCUCCCAUCAAUCAAAAUAUCCAAUGGCUGUCGGAACUCCAAGAAGCUUGCAGGAGCGCCGAUUAAUUGCUGGUAUAAAUUCAUCUGGGGCUUCUGCUGUACAAGAUGUCAUGUAUUCAUAUGCGGAUAAUCCAAACCUGAGUGCCACUCUUCUUGUAAAAAGAGAGAAUCCAGAUAGAGAAUCACCAUCUUUAUCGAAUAUUGCAAAAAGAAUGAGGUCUGCUUCCACAGGUGUUGAUACAAUGCAGCAAAUAGACUCGCAUGUUAACGCUCUUCAAGGAUCGGAUAUGAAUUGGCAGGAUACAUUAUUACAGCAACAAGCAAUGGCCAGAGGUAUUCAGUAUACUGGGAGUGGCAUUCAGAUGUUUCCACAGCAGGUUUUUGAAGGGGGGUUAAAUCAACAGUCAGGGGGCACUCAAUUUGCUUCUAGUCAGCAAGGCAUGAGGUUAGUCGCCAAGGCACAACAAUUUGAUACAGAAAGAAUAGAUGGUGCAGGGAUAAAGUGCAAUUUAGACCCACAACAAGUACGGCUUCAACAAAGAAUGGCACAACAUGCAUCCAUGAGACCUAAUUUCCCACAGACAACCUCGAAUAGUCCUCAGUUAUCUAAUGGGAUAUUACCUCACUCGCUAAUGCUAUUAUCUUCAAAAUCUGGUGAAUUUUCUAAGGGUUCAGUUGGACUAAGUUCUAGACCGUCUUCAAUGAAAAAUGCAUCUGGAGCAUUACAGAAAAAGAAGGAUGCAACUUAUUCAAGAAAAAAGAAAGAAGAGAAGACUGCAAUGGCUUCACAUACAGCUGCUGUUGGAACUCCAUCUACAAAGGCAACAACAGACACACCUAGCUGCAAAAUGGAUAAUCUAAUUCCCUUCCCAAGACCCCAACAAUGA